AUAAUGAGUGUACGUUACUUUCUCCCAGAAAAAUCGAUCUUUUCAAAUUUUAAAUAACAAACAAAUAAAACUGGAUCACCCUACAGCUCAUAUUCCUAAGUUCCCUACCUUUUGUUCUUAAGCUUUUGCCCCAAAUUCCCUCUGUUUUAUACAUUUUAUGUAGUAUAAAAACAACCCACUCUCCGCCAAAAUUAAACGGCGCUGCACUAAAACGCCGCCGCUAUCAACCCCAAAGGAAAAAAAACACCAUAAUUCAACCUGAAUUUUGUUAUUAAAGAUUCAUUUUUUUUUCAAUGUGGGUGUUUAAUGUUUUUCUUUAACAAAGGGUGUUGCUAGAAGGAGGAGGUUUUGUUCAAAGAUGCUGUGCAGAAAGAAUUCAGUUAGUUGUGGGCGUGGAUCGGUGCCGGUGUAUCUAAACGUGUACGAUCUUACUUCCAUUAAUGGUUAUGCUUAUUGGCUUGGUCUUGGGGUUUACCAUUCUGGUGUUCAAGUUCAUGGAGUAGAGUACGCAUUUGGAGCUCAUGAGUAUUCGACGACGGGGAUUUUCGAAGGGGAACCGAAACAGUGCGAGGGAUUUACGUUUAGGAAGGCGAUUUUGAUUGGAUGGACUGAGAUGAGUCAUGGAGAAGUGAAAAGAGUUAUGGAAGAGUUUGCUGAAAAGUACAGGGGAAAUGCUUAUAAUCUUAUAACUAAGAAUUGUAACCAUUUCUGCAAUGAUGCUUGUGUUAAACUUUCUGGCAAUCCUAUCCCUAGUUGGGUCAAUCGACUUGCACGAAUCGGUUUGUUUUGCAAUUGCAUAAUUCCAGUGAGCUUGAACUCGACCAAAAUUGGGCACCAUCGUAUCGAAGACAAGGCAGGUGAAGGGGAGAAGAAGAAACUAAGAAGCCGCUCUAGUAGGCUGACUCCAUCCUCGGAUUCAUCAUCUCCAUCUUCGUCCUCGUCGUGUUCUCCUCCCCUUGUCACAACCUCAAGCAACAGAAGCAGAGGCAAAAGCCCAGUGCCUUCAUCUUCACCAUUGAUAGCCAAUUCAAUAUAGAUUUCUUCAUGAAGAAGAAGAAAGCCGCGCUCUACAUGCUUUGUUCUGUUUUACAAUUGAUUCUUUUGCACCUUACUUCAUAAACACUAAAGCUGUUCAGGAAGCUCUGAAAAGAUUGUGCGCAUGAAUGAUUUCAAUGAAUUGGGUAUAAACUUCUUUGGGUAUUGCGUGUCAUGAUAGCUGCCAAUUACAAAACCUAAUGAAUUUGUUUUCGCUUA